AAAUGUAUACAUUUUGGAUUAACUUGUAAAUAUUAUCUUGAUAGACAAAACGUGUAAGGGUCACAACUCUUUGUUGAACACAGAUCUUAUUUUUUGCGAUUUUCCAAAAGUCUAUGGGGAAAAUGCAUAGCUUUUCGAUCGAGGGAACCCAUGCGCCGCUAACUUCCGUUUUGGCCUACAAAGUGACGUCAUAACUUCGGCACUCUAUUGUCAUUUAACCGGAAUAAUGGCUUCAUCGAGCACGGCAUCAGACACACAAGAAGUUGAUGAUAUACAUACAUGGAAAAGAAGAAGAGGCAGUUUAGAUUUGAAUCAGCCAAAUAUGUCCUUGAGAAGAAUGGUGCUGGUAGGAAGAACUGGAGCUGGUAAAAGUUCUUCAGCAAACACUAUCCUGGGCAGAAGAGUCUUCAGAGCUGCUAAAGGAGGAUCAUCAGUUACUAAAGAGUGUUGGAAGGAGACCGGAGACGUUGCAGAUCAUCAGCUGGAACUGGUGGACUGUCCAGGACUCUUUGAUACUUCACUCUCAGAGAAAGAGAUGAUAAAGGAGAUCAGUAAAUGUGUGAACAUGACGGCACCAGGACCUCAUGCCAUCAUCCUGGUCAUUCAGCUGGGUCCAUUCACAGAAGAAGAGAGACUCUCAGUGGAGAAGAUCAGAGCCAUAUUUGGAGAAGAAGCAGAUCAACACACCAUCAUCCUCUUCACUCACGGAGAUGAACUCACACAAAGCAUUGAAGAGACACUGGAAGAGGCAGGAGAAGACUUAAAAGAGCUUGUAGAAUCAUGUGGAGGACGGUAUCACGUGUUUGACAACACAAAAAUGCAUGAGCGCAGUCAGGUGUUGGAGUUCCUGGAUAAAGUCACUAACAUGUUACAGAUGAACGGGGAUAAAUAUUACACCGGUGACGUGUUUCAGGGUGUGGAAAAAAUGCUGAAGGAGAAAGAAGAAGAGCUAAAACACCAGUACAAUCAGAAGAUACUGGAAUUAACAACUGUACAUAAUGAAGAAAAGUCUAAACUGGAGGAGAUCAUUCAGAAACUGAAAGAAUCAGGGCAGGAGAAAGAACUGAAAAUUAAAGAUUUGGAAGAGCAAGUGAAAAAGAAAAACAGAAGUUAUACAGAACAUAAGCGCUUUUAUAAGCAGAAAUAUAACAGUGCAAGACAGGAAGUGGAAGAAACACAAGUCAAUGAAAACAUCCCAAAGCAGAUCAGAAAUAAAUUACGAAAGCUUUGUAUCUGACAUCAUCUAUAAUCAUGCACUUUGAAAUGUCAUAAAUUGUCUGUAUUCACUCCUCAGACAUUUGACAUGAUGUACUGACUGACUAUUGCUUUUCAAACUUACUCAAAUCAGAUAUAUGUGUUCAGGCGGUGUAGUAAAUUUAUGACUGAUCUGCUUUUAGUUGCUUGUUUCUUCAGCAUAAACUGGGAGGAAAAGGCAGGAAGCAUGAAGAAUGUGUUCUCUGCUUGGGUACAUCUGUAGCAUCUGGACCAAUCAGACACACAUUUAUUCAUCAUUUAAUGAGCCAACAGAUGUCUCAAGACUGUAACCAGCAUAGACUCCUUCAGGUCUGAUCCCCCACUGGGCGUUAUCAGCAAAAGAAUGCAGAAAGAAGGCCGAGAAACCAAAUAAAAAUCAGUAACCCUUUGUACUGUUUACUGUUUUAUGCAUGCCUUAUGACAGAACUACCAGAAAAUGUACAAUAAUAUUGCCAUGUUUGGUAUCAAAUGAAUCCUUGUGUGACACCGUGCAAAGUGGGAUAUUACAAGUUAGAUAGCAUGCAUUGUAUGCUCGCUAUAAUUAAUCAGAGAAUAAAGGGCAUUAGGCUUACAGCUGGCCCCCAAUCAUGCAAAUGAUUCCGCUUCCAAACAAAGGAACAUUUCCCGCUUCGAAAUUGCACUUUUCUCAUUGGUCAAGCCAUACUCGAGAGGAGGGACCUCCAUCACAAGUUAAAAGGCUCUCUUCCUCCUUGCUUCCUUCUCUCAAACCUCUCUCUCCCUUCGUUCCCCCGGACUCCCUCUGCUCCUGGUCGUGUUGGACCAGG